AACACGGAUUUUACACGAAUUUUGCUAACUCCUAACUAUUUAGGUUUAACGAUUCUCCCUUCCUUCUUUUUCUUUUUCUUUUUUGUUUUGCUGUUCUUCUCUUCAUUGAACUCUAUAAAUUUCGCUUCAGUUGCUAGCUCUCUUUGUCAAUCCACUUACUAAUUAAUGGAAGCAUUUGAACUCCAUACCCAACUUCACCUUCUUUCCUUCAAGCACUUUUCCCUCCAUGGAAGAAGAUCACCACCAUCAAGAAUGGUUAUGUUCAGUGCAAGUAAUAGAGAAUCAAGGAAGAGAGGUUACAGCAGUGGUAGGCUUGUGGAUGAGAAUAUGAUUACCCUCCGGAUGCGAAUUCGGGAGAUGAAGAUGUUAGAAACAAGUGAUGAAGAGCAGCUGCCUUUCGGUUGGAUGGAGUGGGAGAAGAAACUUUUUCUGCAUUAUAAUGAACAUGUUUAUGAAGCCCUAGGGUUUCUGCAAAACCAUUUCAUGAAUACUAGGCCAUGUUUGGCUUUAGGGUUAGUUGCAGUUGCUGUGCUGUGUGUGCCGAUAUCAACAGGAGUUGUCUUGUUUCAUUUUAUGCACUUCUCUAAGGAUAUCUUAUCUUUGGGGUUUCCACCACUUAGUAUAAUGUUUUGGUGACCAAAGAACUUCAAUAUAAAAGGGAAAAAUGAAGUCUUUUUUUUUA